UGCUUCUCUCUCAGAAAUGGGCUUCAGCACACCUACUAAAAAUGAGGUGUAUGUGCCAGAAACCCUUUUGAAAAAAAGGAAAACAGUUGAAAAAACCGAUGCUGAAAAAGAAGUGGAGCAAGCAAAGCAAGCUUUAGAAAAGAAAGAUGCAAGAAAGCUCAUGUUCAAAAAAGCCGAUGCUUAUAUCAAAGAAUACAGAAGAAAAGAAAACGACGAACUACGGCUACGACGACUGGCCAAAAGCAACGGCAACUUCUAUGUACCAGCCCAACCGAAGCUCUAUUUUGUCAUUCGUAUUUGCGGUAUCAAUGAUAUUCAUCCCAAGGUGAAGAAAGUAUUACAACUCUUUCGUCUGCUUCAAACCAACAAUGGUGUAUUUGUCAAGGUGAACAAAGCGACACUGCAAAUGUUGCAAAUCAUUGAGCCUUAUGUGACCUAUGGCCCACCUAAUUUGAAGACAGUACGAGAAUUGAUCUAUAAGAGAGGCUUUGCCAAAGUCAACGGACAAAGAAUACCCAUCACAGAUAAUGCGCUUAUAAAUGAACACUUGGGAAAGCUAGGUAUUAUUUGUAUAGAAGACGUGAUUCAUGAGAUUUUUACUGUGGGUGACAAUUUCAAACAAGUCAACAGCUUUUUAUGGCCAUUCAAAUUGAGUAAUCCAAAUGGACAUAAGAAAGUGUCGUGGAAGCCAAGAAAAUUCAAGCAUUAUGUUGAAGGUGGUGAUGCUGGUGAUCGAGAGUUUGACAUUAACAAACUCGUCCAAUCGAUGAAUUAACGACAUAGGCGAUGGAAGUUUUCCAUACAGAAGAUCAGUUUAUGUAGCCCGUGACUAUGCAACAAGUUUUUAUACACACAUUUUUUUUUUUAAUACAUCUUUUACUUCUUCCCUUAC